AAUUAAAUCUGUCUAUAUAUGAAAUUUAACCUCAAAGACAAAAACCCUACUCGUACCAAAAUCUAGGGUUUACGCUUGACCGGAUCUAGACACAUAAGCUGUUCAGGAGUCCUUUUAGGUUCAAUUUCGAGUAGAUAUGGAAGUGCUUCCCGUUAGGUUGAUGGAGGCACAGAGACAACAGACAUGGGCUUGUUCUGUCACUGAGACGCUUCUCAUCCUCGUCGGAAGAAAUCUCGCUUGUCUGCUCCUUGCGGUGGAAAGUUUACUGUUAGGGUUGAUUGCUGAAGAUCAGAGGCUUUCUGUGAAGGAGGGUUACAAAAAAGGACGCCGUGAUGAGGAAAACAAAGAUGCCAGCGACUCUGAUGAUGACGAUGAUGAUGACGACGCUGAUGAGGACGAUGAUGAUGAUGAUGCUAAUGAUGAAGAUUUCUCGGGCGAUGAAGGGGAAGAAGCUGAUCCAGAGGAUGAUCCAGUGACAAAUGGUGCAGGAGGAAGCGAUGAUGAUGAUGAUGAUGAUGAUGAUGAUGACGAUGGUGAUAAUGAUGAUGAUGGAGAUGAGGACGACGAGGACGAAGAUGAUGAUGAGGAAGAGGACGAAGAUGUUCGCCAGCCUCCUGCUAAGAAGAGAAAAUGAAACAUGAGAUAAGAGAGGCGUGUUAUGUGUGCUUAAGACUUGAAGAGGAUCCUUUAUGUUGGUCUAAGUAGUGUAGGGAAACUCAUCCUCUUAUUCAAUUUCAUCUUGUUGUGUUACUAUUUGUUGUCAAGUGUGACUUUUCGGCCUGGAUUUUAGUUAUCUUCCCUGUUUAGAAUGUUGGUCUCUUCUUUAUUCUUCUUUUAGCAUCUGCCUAUGAAUAUGAUAGAGGGAAGAUCUUUCGCAA